AUGUCGCAAGAUCUAUAUUUGACACCGCCUGAUAGCGCCCCAAUCAUGGCGGCCAGCCUGCUACCAGUAGCUGAUUAUACGGAGGAGAAGAAUGUGAGAGAAAAUCCAGAGUUCAAAAUGGCCUUAAGGGGAAAUGGCAUUAUCAAGCUUCAUGGCACUUCCCCCGUUGAGGACUGGAACCAAAAAAAGCGCAAACGUCAAGAUCUAGACUGGAGCCACCGUAAAGCCAAUAUUCCAUCGAAUGGGUACGGAUUGACAAAGGAGGAAAUGAAAACAUACAGAGAGGGUUCGGACAAAUUUGAGAACAUUCUGGCAGCUCAUGCUGCUUCAGGCGGUAUUCCCUACGUAGUAGACCUUAAGUUAUCGCUCGCAGACUACACAAGAUUGUUCAGCGCUCGCGAUUCGCUCAGCGCUCGCGAUUCCAUCUGCGAAAGCGAUUCCAUGCGCGAAAAACUCCCAACCGGUGACUCUCUUUUGGCUUCCCUCAAAUUCCUCGAGCGUUGGUCUCGUCUAACGACACCAGUCUUCUCCAAGACAAAGCGAAACCCAACAAUUGACAAGUGGAAUGAGAAUAUCAAGGAACAAGAUUUGGCAUUGAGAGAGAGUGCGCAGUGGGGUCCGCUCUGCAAAUUGUACGAGCAAUGGGCUAUAGAUGAGACUAACUUCUACGAGCCCCAACACGACUCACUUGAUAGUCUUGAUUUUGAUUCUGAUUAG